AUGUCCAGUCGCAAGCUGGGCGGCGGCCGUAUUCUCGGCAGCGGCAAAGGCCUCGCUCCCCCGGUACCGUCCGCCGCCCCCCAGCGAGCACCCAGUCCCAUCGCCCCCUCCGAUAGCACCCUGUCCAUAAACUCGUCAUCAGCCUCCCCUCCGGUUUCGAACCAGGCACCCGAAUUUGUCGCCCAGGAUUUGACCUCCAGGAUAAGCCUGGACAAUCCAUCUUUACCCGAGGCGUCUAGUACGAAAUUGAUCUGCCCAAUAUGCGAGGAAGAGAUGUUGACGUUGCUUCAACUGAAUAGACACAUCGACGACGCCCACCAAGAAUUGGCCGAAGUCGAACAAGAUGAGGUCAGGACAUGGUUCGACAAACAGGUCCGCAAGGCCAAGCGCUUCCAACCCCUUUCCAUUAUCAACCAGAAACUCCGCGGUCUCGACGUCUUCGAAUCGAACGAAUCUAUCCCUCCUCCGCACCCCUCCCACUCCAAGGCUAUUGUCGAAGCCCCCGUAGACCCCGACGAACUCAUAACGAGAUCACAUUGGCAGCGCCAGACCAUAAACGACCGAUGCACCGACCCAUUGUGCGGGAAGGGCCUGGGGCCCGUCAACGGGAGCGUCAACUGUCGAAGCUGCGGUCGUCUCUUCUGCGAGGAGCACACCAUGUAUCAGAUGAAGUUGUCCAGAUCGGCGCAACACGAGCCUGUCCGUGGUUUCUGGGCCAGAGUUUGCGAGACCUGCUACAAGUCGCGCGAGGGGUACAACGACCACAAUGGCGUGUUGAUUGACCACACCGAUGCCUUCGUUGCUAUGCGUCGGGAGCGCGUGGAGAGGCAGAACCUGGAAACGUCUAGGCUGGAGAAGCGGCUGACGAGGUUAACGUCGUUGCUCGCGAACCCGCCCGAAGAAUUGCCAGCCACGAACGGCACGCUGUCGGUUGCCAGCUUAACGGGCCAGAAGAAUGCGCGGAAACUCCUCGAACAGUCGGUAGUCACCUGGGAAGAUGACGCUUCGGUGUCGCAAUGUCCCUUUUGUCAACAGGAGUUCCGCUCCUGGACCUUCAGGCGACAUCACUGUCGCAUCUGUGGCCGCGUCGUCUGCGCCGACCCUCGGACGGCUUGCUCGACCGAACUGGGCUUGAGUGUGGCAAGCUCUGCAACUUCAACCACAGAGAAGCCUUUCAUGGCGACGACACCGACGACAUCUGGCCAGCUGAACAUUGAUAUCCGCAUGUGUCGGGCGUGCAACCAUACUAUAUUUUCCAAGCGCGACUUUGCUGCCUCGCUCGCCUUCAAACCAGCCGACCAGCGAGCCUACGAGACUCUCCGACAGUUUGAACGCGGUAUCCGUCAGCUCAUGCCCGUAUUCCAACGCACCCUCCUCGCCCUCCAGCCCGAAGGUUCUCAGGGGUUCAACGAGCACCACCCCCCGCCGACCCAUGCCCAGAUCCAAGAAGCGUCCAAGGUCCGGAAGCGUCUCGUCGACGCCUUCACCAAAUACGACACCGCCGCCCGUCGCCUACGCGACCUCAAAACGACCUCCAAAACCCAACUCAAGCUCCAGCAAGCCAUCUACAGCGCAUCCUCCACCUUCCUCCACACCCACAUGCUCACCCUCAAAUCCGUCCCGCACGUGCUCCGCUCCCGCUCCUCGCAGUCGUCCCAAUCCCGCCUCCUCGCCCUCCAACACCAGAGCUCGAACGGGUCGGCCUCGUCUUCGUCUUCGUCCUCCUGGACGCAGCAGCAGCAGCAGCAGUCCCUUUCCCCCCUCCGUCGCAACGGGGAGCACGCGGCCGACACGGCCAGCCAGGCGGAGAGCGAGGCCAGCACGCAGGUGUCGGCGCUCGAGACGGAGGAGAAGGAGCUCCGCGAGCGGCUCAUCGUGUUGGAGGAGCAGCAGUUUAUGGUGAGGCAGAUGGUCGAGGCUGCGCGGGGGGCGAGGAGGUUCGAAGAAGUCUCGGCCCUGACGAGGAAUGCCGACGAGUUGGAGGCGGAGAUUGAGGAGGUGCGGAGGCAGGUCGGCGAGGUGGAGAAGAAGUGGCAGGGACUGUACGCGUGA